AUGAAGAUGAGCCAGAUCUGCAUCUCUGUAGCCCUUCUCGUCCUCCUGGUUAACCUGGUGUCCUGCACCCCGGGGGAUAAACGGGAGAGCCAUGACAAAGGAACUUUUCGGCCUAACUUCUGCCUGGAGCCUCAUUACAUGGGUCCCUGCAAGGCCAAAAAGGUCAGGUACUUCUACAACGCCAACACUAGGGAAUGCGAGAUCUUUACAUAUGGCGGCUGCCUUGGGAAGAGGAACAACUUCCGCUCUAAAAAGACCUGCAUGAACACCUGCGGUAGUACUACGGGCACAACAGUGUCCUCCAUCCUGAUCCUCCUCCCUCUGGUCCAGGUUAGAGGCCCCCACACCCAGAAACCCCCUGAUGGGCCCAUCCUCCCUCCACCUCCCACCUCCCUGCUCACGAGUGACUGA